CUCAAACUUAGAAAAUCACGAAUCAAUGGAGUCUGGUAUCUUUGAUUGUAGAAUGUUUAUAUAAACAGUGAAAUUCCCCUUGCUGAGGUGAUGUGUUUUAGAACUCCUGCAUCUGCAGCCAAACAUGGAUAAGUGAGUAAUAUUCAGCAUGGAUGAUUACCACCUGCUUGGCGGAGGAAUGUAUGAGAUGAGUGGCAGUGGAGGAAUGUUGGAGGAUCCAAGUCGCAUUGUUGGAGGGGUAGGAUAUGGACCUGGACCUUCCCAAAAUGUUGCAGGAUCAGGUAUGAUGUCAUCACAUUUAUCACCUAACCAAGCACAAAGCCCAGGACAAAUGAUUAGCAGUGUAAUGACGCAACAACCCCAUGCUAAUACAGAGGGUUACCAGAUGGGAAUUCAGCAAGUUUAUCAACAAAAUGAGUUGCCACAGAAGUUUCAACACUAUAGUGGUUAUGGAAAUAGGAUGUCAGGUAUGGUAAAUAACCAGUUCCCAAGUGGAGGAAGACUGCACCAUAUGAGUAACAACUCUAUCCCAGCACCUGGGGACCAGGCACCACGUCCAUUAACACCCUCUCAGAUUGCAAAUUAUCAGCAAGGAAACAUGCUGGCCACUCAGUAUGCUCAGCACAGCCAGCAGCCUACGGGACCUUCAGUUAAUCUUGGUCAAAGUGCAUCACAGUAUUCUGGCUAUAGUCGAGGAUCUGUGCCUCAACAACAACCACUUAGUCAGACUGGAGAUAUGUGGCAAGGAAGUAUGGGACAGCAGCAUGGGCAUCAGUACAUGCCCCAGGCUCCCUCCUACUCUCACCCUUCUCAGCCAGCACCCAUGUCAUCAAUGCAGAGGUGCAUGGGUCCAAUGAGUAAUGCAUCUGUGUCCAUGCAAGUCCCAAGAUCAUCAACUCCGAACCAGUAUAUGUCACGGCAGGAAUUUUCAAUGCACUCCCCAAAUCAGACAACAACUGGUCAACACCCAGCUAUUUACACUGCCCAACCUAGUCCUAAUGGACCAUAUUUGAGUCAGAUGCGUGUUGCCGUCUCUCAGCCUUUGUCUCACAUUCCUGUAACACAGUCAGAGCAAGCUAUGCCCUCAUAUUCAGCUCAGGGACCAUACUCUGUUAAUUCUCAACCAGGGGUCACAAGGCCUCGUUACUCUCCUUCCAGCAGCCUUAAUGCUAUCACUCCAGGGGACUCACCAGCCAUAGGGCCCUUACCUGGUUCCAGACCUAUGCAGAGGACAGGAUAUUCAUCCUAUUCUCAUUUGAACUCGGGCCAGCAGCCCAUUACCCCCAUGCAGCCAGCUACACCUACUAGAAUACAACAGUAUCCACAACAGUCUUACUCUCCUAGCCAAUCGUAUCAUCAUCAAUCAUCACAGCACCAAGCAUCCAUACUUGGAAGCUCUAGCCCCUCACAGUUGUCACCUUAUCCUCAAGCGCAACAACCACCUCAAGCUCCUAACAGUCCACAAUUUCGCCCAGCUUUUCCCCCUUCACAAGUGUGUGUUUCUCCAAGACGACCAACACCGACACCCCCAGCAGGAUCACCUAUGUCCACUUCACAUACACCUGAGAGGCUUCCUCAUCCUCCUAUGUCUACAACUCCACAGUCUCAGGGAAGCUAUCCAAGCCCUUGUGCAAGUCAUUUGUCCAGUCCUGGUCAAGGAUUGUCACCAGGAGGAGGUAACAGUGGACCGUCCAGCAGUCUACAACAAUUAGAGCAGAUGGUCAUACCCCACGUAGGUGGUUCUGGUUCAUCUAAAGCAUCGACACCAAAUACUUGUGUGUCAUCCUCAAUAGCUGGCCACCAUAUUGGCUUAGUUGGUGCUUCUUACUACAACACUGUUGGUCAGUGUCAAUCACAACAGCCACAGCAACAGAUUAAUUAUCCAUCAACUCCAUCAGUAUAUUCCCAAUCUCUUGUGUCACAACAGUAUGGGCACCAACAAUACAUGGGGCAACCAGGUAUACCUGUUUCCAAUAUGCCUGCUUCAGUAAACAGUGUAGUGGUUCAUGUGCCAAAUUCUCGACCAGUGAAGGCCUCUGGGCCCAAUGUUAUGAAUGAUGGUGUAAGGAGUGUUAGUGUACCACCGUCUGAAGUGUCGAUGGCAACCAGUGUAACUUACAGCACAACCAGUAAUGGAAAUAUUAUGCAUUCUUCACCUUCAGCACCUGAAAUGUCCUAUUCUUACACUCAAGGUGCUCCCGGAAUUUCUUCAAAUCAUAGCUCGAUCUCCUCCUCAGGCCCACAAUCCUAUUCUGCUUCCACUGCUUAUGCUGAAUGGAACAGACCAUCAACGUAUGAAGUUCAUGGUAUUCAACAGGAACUACAACAUCUAUACACUUUACCCCAGUCUCCUCAGAAUCAACAAAAGAUUGGAGAACUUCAGGAUCGGCUACGUAUGUUACAGUCUCAAGUAAGCCAAGGUCCAAACACUUCACUUUCCAUGCCUCCAACUGUCACAAGCCAGGGUGUUCCUCCAUAUCCUCAACCAUCAUCACAGUAUAAUUCUGUCCCUCAGACCCAGUAUAUACAACAACAGCAACAUCUUGCACAGUAUGGAUCCCCUCUUCCUCAAACCCCUUCUCAACAGGGCCUUUCACCCAUUCCUCCUACAUCACAGUAUUCACCACGUGUCACAAACGAUGCAAGUUUAUCUACAGUUCAUGUUGGGGUUGAUCAGGGUCCAGUCUCAGCUGUCACAGCCGAUCAACAGAUGGAUACUUCUGUGAUGAUCCCUCAGCUUCCUCUUCAAAAUGGGGAUAUAUUUCUGGGACAGGGAGAAGGAAUGUACCCAAUGCCUCCUGAACAGACUUCACUUCAGUCCCUUUCAGAUCAAGCACCUACUGGUAAAAAAACUAAGGGUACCAAAAGUGGCUACAAAUCUAAAAAGUCUCAAGCAAAAGCAAAUAGAAUAGUAAUGGAAGCAGUUGCUAAAGCACACUCUGCUGGUAAUACAGAUAUUCCAAAGGUUUUAUCCACAGAAGAAGUGACAUCCAUAAGUUUUGAAUUUGAAGAACAGUCUGAGCAUAAUAAACCUAAAAAAGCAAAAAAGAGAAAAACUAAAGAAAAGGAAGUUAAAGAUGGUGAAGAGCCAAAAGAACCUAAACCUAAAAAGCCAAAGAAAGCAAAAGCCCCGAAAGAACCAAAAGAGAAAACACCUAAACCACCUAAGCCACCGAAACCUCCAAAACAGCCUAAACCGAAGAAAGACUCAAAGAAAUCAAAAGUUAAAAAAGAAAUCCAAGGAGAGGAAGUAAAACAAGGAGGAGAAGAAGUAGUUAAACCUGGAGAAGAAAUUCAAGAAGAGUCAACUGAGAAGAAGGAAGUGAAACCCAAAACAGUUCAACCCAAAGAGAAGACUAAAUCUUCACCUAAGAAAAAACUACCAAAGGUGUCUUUAAAGUUUUGCAAGAAGAAACGAAAACGGUUAGGUUCAUCUGAUAAAUCUGAUCUUGAAGUAACCCCACCUCCCUCACCAGAGGGUGAAGGAGUUCAGAAACGGCGAUCUGCAAGAAAUACAAAAAGAAAGAGAUACAGAGAUGAUAUUGAGCUGGCUCUUAGUGAUGAUGAUGCACUACUAGAUGUUGGACUUGGUUUGGGAAAAGAUUCAGAAAAAGCUGUUCAGGUUCUUGUAGAUGUAAACCAUGAAGAUACAAUGGUUGUUGAGAAAGUGCUAACUUCAAGAAUAGUAAAAAGAGAGGUUGUGACUGAAGAGCCAGAAGAACAAAUACUAGAAGCGGAUGUUGAAGAAUUUUUUGUUAAGUACAAAGGACUCUCAUACAUUCAUUGUGAAUGGAAAACUGCUGAAGAACUAGAGAGAGGAGACAGACGAGUAUUGCAGAAACUAAAGAGGUUUAAACAGAAGAAGGAAUCGACCAAUAACUUUUUUGAUUUUCUGGAAGAAGAGCCUUUUAAUCCUGACUAUGUGGAAGUGGAUCGGGUUCUUGAUGUGACGGAAACCAGUGAAUUAUUAGACAUAACAGACGUAAGUGGAGAACUUCAAAAAGAUGAUGCAAUAAAUGCAGAAGAUGUUAGUAAACAAGAAAAUGAGAUUAAUGAAAAAUCAGAGCUAUCAGAAGAUAGGGAAAUAGACAAAUAUCUCUGUGAACAUAAAACUGAAGAAGUUACUGAAAUGAAAAAAGAUAAGGAUGAUAUUAAACUUGAAAACGAUGAAGAAACCAUCAAGCUUACAGAAAAUAAGGAAAGUAUUGAACUUGGGAAAAAUAAGGAAACUGCAGAAAGUGAAUUUGUUAAACUUGAAAAUAAUCCAGUAUGGGUGCAAGAGAAGGAACUUAUAAAAACAAAUGGAGACAGCUGUAAAGAAGGAGCUGAAGUUGUUGCUGAAACAGGAGACAAACUAGAAGAUGAGUCAGAAAUGCCUACAGAAGAAUCUGAACAUCAAGAAGUAAAGGAAACAAAUGAAUCAUCUGCACUUGAGGAUAAACCAAAGAAAGUCCUACGACACUAUUUAGUCAAGUGGCGAGGGUUGUCUUAUGAAGAUAGUACAUGGGAAUUGGAAGAAGAUGUAGACCCUAUAAAGAUAGAACAGUUUUAUCGUUUUCGUGAACCACCUCCAAAGGAUAAAUGGAAGCUUAAGAAGAAACCUAAGCCAUCUGAGUGGAAAAAGAUGGAGGAAUCUCCUGUUUACAAGGGAGCUAACACCUUGCGAGAAUAUCAACUAGAAGGUCUUAGUUGGCUGACUUUUUGCUGGUAUAAUGGCCAAAACUGCAUUUUGGCAGACGAGAUGGGUCUUGGUAAGACUAUCCAGUCCAUAGCAUUUUUGAAUGAAAUUGCCAACUAUGGAAUUCCUGGGCCUUUUCUGGUAAUUGCACCACUGUCAACUAUAGCUAAUUGGCAGAGGGAGUUUGAGACUUGGACAGACCUGAAUGUUAUAACAUACCAUGGAACAUCAACAAGUAGGAAUAUGAUACAAGAAUAUGAAAUGUACUAUAGAAAUGAAAAGCGAGAACGAAUCAUUGAAAUAUACAAGUUCAAUGUGAUGAUUACAACCUUUGAGAUUUUACUGACGGACUGUCUGGAGCUUCGUGAGAUCCCUUGGCGUUGUGUAAUCAUUGAUGAAGCGCACAGAUUAAAAAAUAGAAACUGUAAACUGUUGGAAGGCUUACGUCUGUUAAAUAUGGAACAUAGAGUUCUUCUGACUGGUACACCUUUACAGAAUAAUGUUGAAGAAUUGUUUAGUCUCCUGAAUUUUGUAGAACCCAACAGAUUUACAUCAAAUGAGGCUUUUCUUGAAGAGUUUGGAGAUUUGAAAACAGAGUCACAAGUAGACAAGCUAAAAGCUAUAUUAAAACCAAUGAUGCUAAGAAGAUUGAAGGAAGAUGUAGAGAAAAGCUUGGUACCAAAGGAAGAAACUAUUGUAGAGGUGGAACUUACAAAUGUCCAGAAGAAAUACUAUAGGGCUAUCUUAGAGCGUAACUUUACCUUCCUAACUAAAGGAAGCACAGGGACCAAUGUACCAAACUUGAUGAACACCAUGAUGGAACUCAGAAAAUGCUGCAUUCACCCUUAUUUGAUUAAUGGUGCUGAAGAACAAAUCAUAUCUGAAUUUAAAGCAGAACAUGGAGAGAUGCCUGAAUGUAAUUUAAGUGCAAUGAUCCAAGCUUCAGGAAAGUUAGUGUUACUUGACAAGUUAUUGCCUCGGCUACGUGCAAAUGACCAUAGAGUGCUGGUGUUCUCACAAAUGGUUCGAUGUCUUGAUAUCUUAGAAGACUAUCUUGUUCAUCGUAGAUAUCCUUAUGAAAGAAUAGAUGGGAGAGUGCGUGGCAACUUGAGGCAAGCUGCUAUUGACCGAUUUUGCAAACAAGAUUCUGACAGGUUUGUGUUCUUGCUUUGUACAAGAGCUGGUGGACUUGGUAUUAACUUGACAGCAGCUGAUACUGUUGUCAUAUUUGACUCAGAUUGGAAUCCUCAGAAUGACCUUCAGGCUCAAGCCAGAUGUCACAGGAUAGGUCAGUCAAGAGCUGUUAAAGUAUAUCGACUCAUCUGUAGAAAUACAUAUGAAAGGGAGAUGUUUGACAAAGCAAGUUUAAAAUUGGGGUUGGAUAGAGCAGUUCUACAGUCCAUGAAUUCUCAGAAAGAAGGUCCUAGUUUGGGAGGGCAGAUGACUAAAAAAGAGAUUGAAGAUUUGCUCAGGAAAGGAGCCUAUGGGGCUCUGAUGGAUGAUGAUAAUGCAGGAGACAAGUUCUGUGAAGAAGACAUUGAUCAAAUCCUGGAACGCCGGACACGUACCAUUACUAUUGAGAGUGAAGGAAAAGGCUCAACUUUUGCUAAAGCAACAUUUUCUGCUGGAAAUAUCAAAGAUGAUAUUGCUUUGGAUGAUCCAGAAUUUUGGGAAAAAUGGGCCCAGAAAGCUAACAUUGAUGUAGAUGAACUUAAAAAUAAAAAUGAGCUUAUUGUCAAAGAACCAAGACGACGCACUCAGACACGAAGGUUUGGAGCUGAUGAUCAUAUGUUAGAUCUGUCUGAUUUAGAAUCCAGUGAUGAUGAUGAUGAUGCAAUAUCUUCCCGUACCAGAGGAGGUCGUGGUCGCUCCCCUAGAGGAAGUAUUUGUGGCAACAGAAACCGUGGACGAGGAGGUCGACGAGGAGGAGGUUUUGAUAGAGAGCGUGAGGAAGACUUGUUGGAAGAGGUUGCUCCUGGUAAUUGGACACGAGCAGAAUGUUUUAAGGUUGAGAAGGGAUUGCUUACUUUUGGCUGGGGUCGUUGGGAGGAAUGUUUAGCAUUAGGUCAGUUUAAGAGGAGUUUGACAAUAAAAGAUGUGGAAGAUAUAUCAAGGACUGUUCUUCUUUUCUGUCUCCAACACUACCGUGGGGAUGAGAAAAUCAAAGGGUUUAUCUGGGAUUUGAUUACCCCUACAGAGGAUGGUGAGACUAGGAUUCACAAGAAUCAUUCUGGUCUUUCAGCUCCUGUUCCCAGGGGUAGAAAAGGUCGAAAACUUAGGAAAGAUGGAAGAGGUUCACCUAGUACACCAGAUGAUUCAUGGGCAGAUUGGGCUCGAAAUGAUAAAUACAACCCUGACUUCCUGCUUAACGAUAUAGGUUACAGAAAGCACCUUCAACGACAUGCAAACAAAGUUCUGUUGAGGGUGAGACUUCUGUACUACUUGAAGCAUGAGGUGAUUGGUGAGUUGUGGCAGCUUGUUGCAGCAGGAUUUCCUUCCUGUGAUAUUCCAAUUCCAACACCUUUUGCUGAUGGAGAACCACCUGUCCCCUGGUGGGACAAGGAAGCAGAUAAAUCCUUGUUAAUUGGUGUUUACAAGCAUGGAUAUGAACGCUACAAUGUCAUGAGGCAGGACCCAGCUUUGUGUUUUUUAGGAAAAUGUGGUCCACCAGAUGGAGCUGCUCUUCUUGCUGAAAUGACUGCUAAUGAUGAAGAUAUAUUUGAGAAAGUAAUGCAGAAAGAUAGAGGAGAAAAAGACUUCUUGGAUGAUGAUGAUUCAUCUACAGCCACCCUCACCUCAGAAGCUCAAACUCCCAAACUGGUUCCUCUUCCUGAGAAUGGUGAAGUCAGCAGCAUGUCAAUUGAUGAACCAGGUAAACUAGCAUUCCCUACAGUUUCAGAUUUAAAUACAAGGCUACGAAGGGUUAUCACAAGUUAUCAGAGAACACACAAGAAAGAAGAACUAAGACUAGCACAAAGAGCAAGGGAUGAACCAAUGAGAAUGGAAAGAAGGGAAAAAUUUGAAGCAGCUAUCAAGGAAAGGGAACUGAAGAAAAAGGAACUUCAACAAAGCAGAUGGUCUCGGAGAGAAGAAGCAGAUUUCUAUCGUACUGUGUCUUCAUUUGGUGUGGAAUUCAAGUGCAGUGAGCAGAAGUAUGUCUGGAAUCGCUUCAGGGCUGUAGCAAGAUUGGAUAGAAAGUUUGAUGAUACUUUAACAGAGUACUUCAAAGCCUUUUAUGCAAUGUGUAAGCGAGUUUGUGGCAGAAAAUUGACAGAUGAAGAAGCUCAACUUCCACUAAUUGUGGAGCCAAUCUCAGAGGAGCGAGCCAGUCGUUGUCUCCAGAGAAUUGAUCUCCUCAACAAGAUUCGGGAGGAAAUCUUGUUUCAUCCUGAAUUGGAGGAAAGACUAAAAUUAUGCCAGCCUUCUAUGGAUCUGCCAGACUGGUGGCAGUGUGGAAAACAUGAUAAAGACUUGCUCAUCGGUGCUGCAAAAUAUGGCAUGAGUCGACUAGAUUAUCAUCUUAUUCAUGACCCCAAUCUGUCAUUCAAAGAUGUUCUAAGAACAGUGCAUCAGGGAAAGGCUUUCAGUAACAGUAGUCAAAUACCAACACCAUCUGAAGGGACCAGCCCUGAAGAGUUGAAAAUUAAAGAGGAGACUCAAGUAAAAGAAGAGAAAGCCACCCCUUCAAAAGAUGUAAAGUCUGAAGAUGAGUUGAAGAGUCAACCUAAAAGAGAGAAUUCUGAGGAAUUAUCCACUAAGGAAGAAAGUGAAGCCGGAGAUGUAAAAAGAGAAAUAUCCAGUGAUGAUAUAAAAGAAGAAGAGAACAAAAUUGAGUAUGUUGUAAAUAAGUCGGAAGUAAACGAACAAGAUGAACAGAUAAUAACAACUAAAAGAAAGAAAGAAAGUCAGGAAAUUAUGUCAGAAGAAAUUAAUAUAACCAGUGAAGACAAAGAUAUUCUUAAAGACCAUUCCCCUAAAGAAGAAGCUACUGCAUUAAUAGAUAAAAACAAAACUGUAGAGAAAGAAAACAAGGAAGUAGCAGAAGAAAGUGAAACACCUUCAUCCAAAGGUGAUGUUGAAUCUAUUGAAACGUGUCUUGAGAGAGAAAGUACAACAGAAAUUCCAGGUGAAGAAAAUUCUAACAUACCUUCCUCUUCUUCCCAGGCAGUGGAAGAUAAAAACCUAGAAGGGGAGACAAACACAUGUUUCUUGAAGUCUGAUACUCCUUCUCAUUUAGAAGAGUUUCAGGAUAUUUCCCAAAAUGAUGAGAUUAUGAGCCAGGAUAGUUUCAAUUUGGAAUUGGAUCAUAAUGAGCCAACUGUGGCUCAAUUGCUAGCCCAUUCUUCAAGGAAUCCUCUACAUUGGCCUAAGGAUAAGGUUCUUCAGAUACGAAUUGAGCACAUAUGUCAUGCUGUAGAAAAGAAUGAAUGGCCUAUUAUAAGGCAUACGUUUAUGCCAAGCUUCAUGAUGAUGGGAAGCACAGCUGGAGCAUCUGUCACACCUUCAUCUACACCCACAGUUCCUGGCAGUGUGUCACCAAGGGCUGUGUCCCCUGCACCUAGCUCUGUAAGUCAACUCAGUGAUGAUGCCUCUGUUCCAUCCCAGCAUACACCCGAUCAGACACCUCUUAAAGAACCAAUACUGCAAGACAUGCUUAUUACUGCCUCAGAAUAUGGAGUAGGGAGAGGCAGCCCAAUUCAGCCUGGGAAUGAAGCUCUUGGAGGACGUCGUAGGAGGAGACGUAGAAGAAGAUUUGAAAUAGAAGCUGAAAGAGCAAAGCUACGUGCUCUGGUGUCCCACAGUCUUCAACAACAACAGCUUCAUCAACAACUGCAACACCAAUUUCUGGCUCCUCCUCCUCCUCCACCCUCUUUACUAAGGACACCAUUACGGGAAGAUCAUAGUACAUCUGAUGAGGGCUCCUCAACUGUGACAUCUACAGGUGUUACUUCAACUGCUUCUACCAGUGGUCCUCCUCCAGCUCACCAAAGCUCAGCACCUAGAGUUUCAGCUAGCUCUGGAACACUUGAUCUUAGAGUUAAACCCACACCAACACAUGCUGGUAGCACUCCUACAAACCUUACACCUUCAAGUCCAGAAUCUCUUGGAUCACCCUCAGCCCCCAUGGAUCUCAGUUCUAGUUCUCUGCCAUUAAGUCUAACCUCCUCAGUGAACUAUCAUUCUACACCCCGUGGCAGAUCUCCUACUCGCUGUAGCAGGGGUUCACCUAGAAACUCUCCAAACAACCGAGGUCAGUCAAGCCCUCGAAUGCCUAGUCCAAAUGGUCGUGGGCGAGGAAGAGGUAAAAGCAGGGUCAGGGGUAGAGGCAGGAUAGGAAGUAAAAUUGAUGCUUUAGCUCUGAGUCUACAAGCCAGGAAACAGCAGGAAAUGCUACUUGAGCAGGAACGGCAACGCCAACAUAUGGAGCUAUUGCAGUCUCUUGAAAAGUCUAAAGAAGAAGAACGACAGUUAUUACAUGCCACAAGAUCCUGUAAGUCAGACGAGCAGGACUGGCAUCUUAGAAACCGUACUUUAAAUGUUGGUUUGUCAUCGUCAUUACUAUCUUCUGUUCAUCCUCAUAACACCGAGUCAUCAGGAAGUUCCAGGGUGAAAAAAGAUUCAUCUCCCAUACGCUCCAAAGCAGAUGAAAGCUCUGGGCACUCCAGUAAUAUCUCAUUAGCAGAACAAGCUGCAGCAGUACGACAGGAUCUAAAGAAAUGGAUGGAUGAACAUCCUGAACUGAUUGCUUCUAACCCUAACUUGGCUGCUGCUGCGGCUGCUGCUAUGGCUUUUAGUCCAUUAUCCAAUAUGCCACCCCAUACUGAACUACUAGAGCUUCCAGAAGGACGAAGACGUGGCCGUCGUCCACGUCUGGAUCCAUCUAGAUUGGACCCUAUGAAACUUACUGGGGAAGAGAAUGUGUCUGUUGUUAACAGAGUUACUGGAAAAAAGAUCACUGGUAGUAAAGCUCCACCUCUUAAGCAUCUAUCUGAGUGGUUAGAAAAGAAUCCAAUGUUUGAUGUUGACCCUAAAUGGGGACCUUUAGUCAAAGAAAAGGGUAACCUCCCAGAUAAGCUUCAAGGUCGUCUUUUGAUGCCCACUGAAAGACGAGGAGGACGAAGAACUGCAGCUUCCCUUCUUGCUAGUGUCCACCAAAGUCUUAGCUCUCCAACAACCACAAUUGGUUUUCCAUCACCAUCUAGUAUGAAUCCACUAAAUUUUGCUAGUAGUAGCAUGCUUCCAGGGUUUUCAGGAGGAAUGAAAUUUUUCAUGGAUCCUUCUAAAGGACCAUCAACAUCAGCUAUAUCCACACCAUCAUCAGUUGCAUCAGCUGCCACUCCUCCUCUAUUUUUACCAUUUGGUGGGCUUGCUGGAAUGGGUCUAGCAAAUCCAUUGUUCAGUUUCCCUGGCUUUAGCUUUCCUGGCCUUCAGGGAACAAGUUCUCUUGGUUCAUCAUCUGGGCUUGGCUCAGAAAAAGACAAAAAUGAUAGAGAACAGACAGAGAAAGUCAGAGAAAAAUCAAGCAGUGGAACAUCAUCCAAAUCUAAAGGAGUAACACUUCCACCUAUGUCAGCAACAGGGACAUCUUCAGCUUCUGUCUCAAGCAGCACAUCAUCCCUACCUUCGGCUAGUUCACUUCCAUUUCUAUACCCUACUUUAGGACUACUGUAUAAUCCACUCAGCCUAGGUGGAUUUUCCAUGCCCCCAAACAUGCCUGGCUCUUUUGCUUCCCUAGCUCAGAGUGGCUUAGUUAAUGGACUAGUUGGGCUUAAUAACCCUUGCAGUACACAAAGCGUUGUAUCCCUUCCUUCAGUGACUGGAUCCCUCUUUUCAUCUACAAAGUCAUCUUCUAUCUCUGUCAUAGACAGUCUCUCCUCACCUCCUACCAUUACUGCCACAGCUGGCAACACACGUUCCACAACCACAAGUAUUACUAGGGUCAGCACCAUGUCUAGUGGAAGAGACUUACCAACUAGUAACCUUCUGGCCCCACAAGAUUCUGAUGAUGAAAGCUUGAAGUCUUUGAUGGGUAACCAUGAUGAUGACGAUGAUGAUGGGGAUUUGGAUGAUGAAAAACUUGACACAGCAGACAGUUUAGGUAAAGAUGACAGUGAAACAGAGGAAGAUGUUGAAAAGAAAGUAACAAAAGAAUUAUCAAGCGUUUCAGAUAUUUCAGGAACAAAAAAGACAGAAAUCUCUUCAAAAAUCAACAACAAAGGUGCAGAUGGCAUAGCAGACAUUUGCCCAUCUGCACAGACCUCACAGGAUGAACACAAAGUGAGCAAAACUACUACCUCAGACAGCAGCAACUCGGUGGAAGACAAACCGUCGUAGCUAUCUUCCCAAAUUAAGUAGACAUAAGUUGAUUGGCUUGGUUAGUUUCUGUGAUACCACGUUGAAGAAGAUAUGCCACUCAUCUUCCUCAUCCUUGUCAAGAGUGUGAAAUUAUAAGUCUUAAACUGUAUCUGCUUCUAAAAGUGACAGUACAAAAACCGCCUUCUUUGGAAGGGGAAAGAAAUAACUUUCAAGAAUGUGACAGCUGUUUUUUAUAUAUAAAGGGAAUGUGGUAUUCCUUUCCAUAGGAAGUUGUAUGUAUGUAUGUAUGCUUUAUUAUUAUAACUGUUCACUGACCUUUUUCCACGUGACAUAAAUCAUGCCAUUUUCUCCCUCUUAUAAAUCUGCCAGAACCAUAGUACGGGUUUUGUAGACUAGUAGAAAUAGUUGUAUUGACAAUAUCAUUUUGUAUGAUCAUUCUUGACCUUUCUUAGGUUUUAUGGGUUAGUGAUUCAGGAUUUCUGUUUAAUUUUAUUCACAGGUUUAAACAAAUAUGUCAUUAUCUUUUUCCUUGUAGUCACAUUGGCUGUGUUGCUGCUCAUAGUCAUAUUUCACUCUUUUUAACGUUUUUAGUGUUGUGCUCAAACAUAUUCAUAUGAUGAUCAUGGCUGUCUGUCUAGACACGACAUUCCUCAAUCCCCUUGUAGUUUCCAGCCGUUGUACUUAGCAAGAAGUAUAUAGGAACCUCCUUGGUAGUUUGAUAUUUAUAUUGCUGGUGCUUUUGCACCUGAUGCAGUCUGUGUACAUAACCACUUACUUGGAGAUUGUAGCAGCUCUAUUUAUUUUACUACAGUGAAGUUCACAAACACCAUAUCCGGUUCCCCAGUAGAGAUUGGCCUAGAGACAGCCGUUGUUCAUACGUUUUUUUGUUUUUGUUUAAUAUGGCGGUCCUUAUACUUAAAGGCCUACAUGCUCAUGCAUUUUUGUGUUCCCUGUUUCUCUUUCUUUUGUGUGUUUUGGUGCAUGAUAAUUCUUUACUACAGUAUUAAAGGAUAGUUACAAUCUAGAAAUGAUGUUCUUUGGGAUAUUUCUACAAGAAAUUUGUUUUUGAAUGUACAUUUUUCGUUAAAUUCUUAAAUUACUGAAUAUCAAAACAUCUUAUGAAUCUAAAAAUGAAAAAAAAAAGCCACCUUAAAUUGUAAAUUUAGCGGAAGAGGUCUUGCUCAAACAAUGUUUUUUUGUUUUAACUAAAUCAUUAACAUUAGGUUAAUCAUUGUAUUUGACGGUUUCUCUACUUUGCUACAACUGUAUAAAUCAGUGACGAUAAUAUGUACUAGUAACAUAAACCACUUCCUUAUAGAUGAGUUGGAGUUUUGGAAAUACUUGCAUCACUAUCGAAUUUUAGGUAAACUUAUAAGGGUUCGUUUCAACCUACUUGUAGCGUUUACUUGAUUCAUGUGGUGAUGAUUUUUGCCAUUAGAAUAAAUAACUGGAACUUCUUUAUUAAAUUUUGUUUGUGCUACAUUAUCGUUCUAGUUUCAUCAAUUAAAAGCGACGUCAUAUUGAGUACAUCUUAAAAUAACAAGAAAAUGGUUCGUUUUUGGUUAGCAAGAGUAUUUUUUUUAAGAUGCAUUUAUUUCGAAACUGACAACGUGUUACACAUGGGAAGAGAGUGACUGGAGCUUUGGUUUAUGUUUUAGACUUCAGAGAGAGGGAUCGUGUGUGGAAAAGUAAUAAAUAGAAAAAUAUGUGCUGGUCUUUGUUGUCUACCUGUAAUUUUUUUCUUAAAGGUAUAAUUUCUUUGUGUGUGGUGGUGUCUUGGGCUAUUAAUGGUCCUUAUUAAAGUAGUAUAGUGUAAGGUUUUUGUGUACAGAAUUAUGUGAACAAUUCUUAAUCGAUAAAUUAGUGUGAAUUUAAUAAAAUCACGUGAAUAAUUUAGUUUUUAAUGAAAUAAUUGGAAAUUAUGGCAAAACAUGAUGCUUUGGAAAUUGAAACAGGUUAAAAGUGUUGAUUUUUUUAUUUUCAGGAAACUUUGAAAUAAAUUUUAAAUAUAAUUAUGGAAAUAAAUUUUUUCUUACUCGUAUUCACUGAUAAGAAUGUGUUUAAUAUUAGGAUUGUAUAAAUGAAUGAAACGAAUACUUGUGAAUUCGUUGUUUUGUGUAUGUAGAGAAACGUCUUAUUUGCAUUGAUUCAAGAAAAUUUGAAAAACCUCUUCUAGAAUUUAUCUAAAAUUUUUUUGUCUUUGAUAUAACAGGAUCUAGGUUCGUUAUUACAAAUCAACAGAUCCCUGAAUGUGUGUGCACAAUUUGAACAAAUUGUAACCAUUCGCUCCAUUUCAAUUCAUAGUGUGUCAAGUGUCAGACUUUCACAAAGUAACUUGCUGCUUGAUGACUUUAAUUGGAUAAUUAUUAGAAUUAAUUUUAACAGAAGUAUGUGUUAAGUCUUGAAAAUAAGAUGGUAAGUAUGGUAUGUAAUAAAUGUUACGGUUUUUAAAAGACAAAUGAUGGUGACCAUAUAUAAAAUUUAAAUCGUAUCUUGUAAUACAUUACCCUGUAAAAAAAAAAAAGUACACUUUGGUUCUUCCUUUUAGUGCCUUCAGUAACUGCAUGACCACAACUAGGGUUAGUGUAGAAUUCCUGUCACGAUCCUGUGUAAACAAAUAGACGUAUGCAAAAAAAAAGUUAUAGCAAGAUUUGAUUAGCAUUAAAGCUUCAGGGAUAAACAGAACUAUUGCUAGACGUCUUGUGUAAGUAACUAUUUGAACUAGGUGUUGUGAGUGUGUGUAAGCUUUGAUUUUUACUGGCUGGUUGGUAAACAGGUUUCAACAUUGUACAAUUAUUAUCCACGUAAUCUUUUAUUAAAUUAUUUGAUAUCUAUAACAUAAACUGUAUAAUUUAAUUGUCAUCUGACACGGAUGAAACUACUUGUCAUUCUCUCACUCGAAUCUCAGGAUAUUUUAUGGUAUAUAAUCCUGUACAUCAGUUCGUGUAUUCCUAGCUUACACACAGUUUUUGUAUUUAUUUUAAGUUUGACCAAACUGUUGAAAAGCGUGUGGGAAAAAAAAUAAGUAUGUUGUAUUUCUUCUAAUAGGGUUUCCGAAUUUAUUUUUUUUACAGGUGGUGUAAUUAUUUUAAUGUUGAAUUUCUCAUAAAUAAAUUUCAUUUAGAAGGCAGAUAAGCAAGAAGAUGGCAACUGUAGCCGAAAAACGGUCACUUGUGCCUUCUGGCAUUUCAGUUGUUACAGACUGCCUCCAUAACAACAACACAGCUCUCUAGGCCUAAAGACAGAAAACAGUUUUUAAAAAGUCUGCCUGUGUUCUUGUGUGCUGAGGGGACUAGAGCUCCUUGUAUUCACGACUGCAUUACUUUAUAUAGUGUCUGUACGAGUGUAAUAAAUACUUAUAUGAAA